AACAAAAAAAACAUCCAAAAUACAUAGAAAAAAAUCUAAAUCACAAUGAAAAAAGAAAAAUAACGACGACAGAGAGAAGACGACGAUGCAAGGGAGGACACAUGUGGCACGAUGCAGAAACACGGGAGAAGGGCGCGAGAUAGCAACAGCGACGCCUGGUGGGAUCGCGUGACAGUAGUGGCAGGUGGCUCGACUCCGCAGCAACACCGCCAGAAAAGAGUGGCGUGACAACCACGGCUGUGGCUCAAGCAAUCAUGUCAGUUGCCUCCUACAACAUCGACGUUAUGAAAAGAGAAAACGAGAUAGCAUCAACAAUCGACGACGGCGCACUACCGGGGGAGGGGCUUAGUGGCAGAGGGAGAGGACUGUCAGACUUAAAGGUGAUAUGAGUGGCAAAAGUGUAAGAGAGUUAAGAUAAAAUAAAAAUGUAGUAUUACGGUAUAUUAAGAGGAGAUUAUACUAAUUAUUCAAAUUCAAAAAUUGAUUACACUAAUUAAUUGAAAAUUUGAAUUUAUUUUAAUAAUUAAUUUAAUUAAUUUUUUAGAUUAUUUAUGUUGUUUGGUCUUUGUGUUGUCCCUUUAUACUUUUUCAAAUAAAAAUUAUCUUUUUCAUAUGAGAAAUAUUAGGAAAAUAAUGAUUAUUUUGAACAAUAUGAACAACCACAAAUCAAAAUAUAAAUGAUUUUAUAUAUAUGACUUUUCAUAUAUAUAUAUAUGUUGUCCGCCUUUUAAUUUGGUCUUGUUUUUGCCGUAGCCCAUAAGGAAUCAAAGUAUAAAUGAUUUUAUAUAUAUGACUUCGAUAUAAACAAUGCAUUGGAAGUAGCAUAUGCUUAAGUUUUGUAUACUUGCUUGACUAAAAUUUCAAAAGUAAAAAACCGUAGGUCAUUUUGAUUAAUAAUGAUAUGUAAAUACUUUUUUAGAAGUGUUUACGGAGUUGAGAAAUGAAAAUAUGAUAUGUAUAAAUUUUUGUAGAAUUGGUUCAAAUUUUGACUACGAAAUGAAUAAUGUUAACACUUAAAAGGGCUAAUUUUAUUUUCUACAUAAUUUCAAAUAUUAAAAUACGGUUAGCUUUUAAGAUAAAUAAUUAAAGAAAUAAGUAGUUGUUAAAUAAAUGUACUCAACCACCAAUUUGUGCUACCAAAUCCAAUAUUAUAAGUAAAUAAUUUUCCAUAUGCAAAGAAACAACUCAUUGACUUUUUAGUUUUUAUCUAACUCAUCAACAAAUCCCAUAUCUUCGAUAAAAUAAGUAAAUAAAUAUAAAAUCCUCAACAAAAGAAAUCCAUCACAAGUAGCCGAUUAUAUAAAGAACACAAAUCAUUAUAGGCCUAAUUUCAUGUAUAACAUAACCUUCUCUUAAAAGAUACCCUUUAAUUGCUUCUACUUACACACUAAUAAGAAGCUAUGGCUGCAAUGAAACUCCAUGGAAACCCUAUGUCACCAGCCUCCAUGCGAGUUGCUGCUGUCUUGUAUGAGAAAGAGCUUGAUUUUGAGUUUGUUACUAUUGACAUGAGGAAUAGUGAACAUAAAAAGGAGCCUUUUCUUUCUCUCAAUCCAUUUGGUCAAGUUCCAGCAUUUGAAGAUGGAGACUUGAAGCUCUUCGAAUCAAGGGCAAUAACAAAAUACAUUGCACAUGAAUAUGCUGAGAAGGGGACUCAACUAAUAGUAACCAAUGAUUCAAAGAAGAUGGCUAUAAUCACUGUAUGGCUUGAAGUUGAAGCUCAACAAUAUGAUCAAGCAGCUUCAAAACUUCUAUGGGAGCUUCAUUUUAAGCCACUCUUUGGCAUCCCAACAGACCCAAAAGUUGUUGAAGAGAAUGAAUCAAAGCUUAGUAGUGUUCUUGGAAUCUAUGAGAAGAGGCUCUCUGAGACAAAGUACUUGGCUGGUGAAUGUUUCAGCUUUUCGCCCCUCAAUCCCAUAUCUACUACUUAGUCAAGCCCUUAACUACUUCUAUAUCUUAGAACAACCCUGCUCUCUGAUCGACGUUUUAUAGUCUUCAUAUCUAUGGAAAGAGGAAGCUAGGAGAGGAUUCUAAACAAUUCUAUCGAGCCGAACAACAAAAAGAGAAAGAUAGAAUACCUUUCUUAGCUAGCCUAGCGUGCUAUAAACCUACAGGGAACAAGAGCCAGAUCGAAGACAUUCCUUUCAUUCUUUUAUACCCCUCUCUUCUUAGUUGCUCCUCUUUCUAGGGAUCUAAUCUUUGGCUGAUCUUCAUCACCUUCCAACCCUUCAUUUGUUGAUGUUAACGCAGGUGAAGAAGCUGUUUGAGCCUCUGCCACGUGUCAGUGCUUGGGUGGCUGAUAUUACGGCUAGGCCAGCUUGGUCUAAGGUCACUGCCAUGCUCAAUUAAUUAGUUGAUUAAUUUGAGUUGUUAGUGUUGUUUGAUUUGGGUAUGUUUCUCUUAGAAUAAAGUUUGUGUGUGUGACCAAAAUAAUUUAGUGCUAGAAAGUCUUAUAUGUUGCCUCGGAUUCUCAAUUUGUGUUGAGAAGAUUGGACAUUAUGGGAUUUUGUGAUUCAUGUACCAAGUUUUGGAUUAACCUGUCUUGAUCCUCUGCUUUAAAUAAAGUUAGUUCUAGUUUUUUUUUUAAAUA